AUGUCGACCUACAACGAUCCUCCCUUCGGCGCCCCACUUCUCUCACAUUUCCCUUUCCCUUCCAACUAUCUCAACAUCAACCACGGCUCGUUCGGCGCCUAUCCGAUCGCAAUCCGAGAUGCCCUACGGGAAUAUCAGCGACAGACUGAUGCAGAACCGGACAACUUCAUCCGCUACAAGCUUCCGGACCUGAUCGAUGAAUCCCGCAGCGCAGUUGCGGAGCUGAUCAAUGCCGAUGUCGAUAAUGUGGUUCUCAUCCCUAAUGCUUCGACGGGCGUCAACACCGUCUUGCGCAAUCUUGCCUACAAACCGGGUGACAAGAUUGUGUAUCUGAGUACGACGUAUGCGGCCUGCGAGAAGGCGGUUAUCCAUCUCGUGGAUAAUUAUGUCCCGGAAGGUGCCGUGGAGGGCAUCAAAGUGGAAGUCGAGUAUCCGGUGUCGAACGAUGAGAUCCUGCGCCGGUUUGAGGACGCAAUUUCUCAGAAGGGAGUGCGCAUUGCUUUGUUCGACACCAUCUCAAGUCUUCCAGCUCUUCGGUUGCCGUUUCGGAAGAUGGUUUCCCUGUGUAAGAAGUACAAUGUCCUCAGUCUGAUUGACGGUGCUCAUUCCGUGGGAGCGAUCGAAGUCGAUAUGCGUCACUUGGAUGCCGAUUUCUUCAUUAGUAAUCUGCACAAAUGGCUAUACACCCCUCGCUCCUGCGCAGUCUUCCAUGUCCCUGCGCGAAACCAUCACCUAAUCAAAACAUCAUUCCCUACAUCCCACGGCUACCAGCCCGAAGAACGUCCAGGACGACCAAAAAUCUUCAAUCCUCUCCCACCAAGCUCCAAGUCUGCAUUUGCGCAGCUAUUCGACUUUGUCGGAACAAUGGAUUAUGCGCCAUUCUUAUGUGUCCCCGAAGCCAUCAAAUUUCGCAAAGAGAUUUGCGGUGGAGAGCAGAAGCUUUUACAAUAUAUUACAACUCUUGCAAAUCAGGGAGGGGACCGUGUGGCCAGUAUCCUGGGCACCGAAGUUCUAGGUGAUGAUGAGCAAAGAAAGUCUCCUAUGGUCAUGGUUCGAUUACCUCUAACGUUCACCGCGGACGAUAUCCAGCAAGGCAAACAGCAUUUACUCCGUGAGCAGAUUGAGAGAGAAAUCUCAGAAAAGCAUGGAACCUGGAUCCCAUUAAUCUAUCAUGGAGGACACCUAUUUGCUCGACUCAGUGGACAGGUAUAUCUGACCUUGGAUGACUUUGAGAAGGCCGGUCAUAUUCUGUCUAAAGUUUGCAAAGCGCAACAAAGGUCCAAGUUGUAG